CCGCAAGGUGUGGUGCUCCUCCUGCUGCCAGGCUCAUAUCAGAUAGUGCCUCAUGGCCAGAAGAUCAUGCAUUCAGUGCUGAUGAAUCCUAUUAAUAUCUUCAAUGCGCUCGUCUACAAAAGCCGGGCUCGCCAGCAUCUCCAACACUUGCAGUCCACGCUUCGAAUUCCCCUAGUGCUCUGCGAUGGCCGAGCGCGGCACGCUCCUUCUCGUCAAUGCCACCCCCUACGAGUGGACAAUAUCCUCUGUGUCCGAGCAUGGCAUGGAGUCGUGGCCUUUCGUAAGUGAUCAGACCGUGGUCUCCGCAGGGAAUUCGGCCACGUUCUCUAUCGAGUUCAAAGAGGGCUUCUUCCACCGUGCGGACGACGACGUCGCCUACGCGACCUUCAACCUCGUCGGCACCCCAUACUCCUUCCAAGUCCAAGCGAUCGAGCAGCAACUGCGCAUUUGGCUGCAGGCCAUCGCGACCACGGGCAACGACGUCGACGGCGUGAUCGAUCUCGCGUGGGACAGCAAAGGGAUCAUGCCAUUCUUCCUCGCAGGCAGGAGCGGCGCCUUCUCGUCCAACAACCCCCCGAUGGACUGGAUGCAGAGCAACCUGUCUACGCUCGGUUCGCGCCCGCUACGCCACCUAUGCAUGCCCGGCACGCACGACUCGGGCAUGAGCACGCUUCGCGCGCACAGCGCGCUCGUCACGCACAAAGACACGAUCACGCAAGUGCACACCAUCGGUGGGCAGCUCGCGCUCGGCGCGCGCUACUUUGACUGCCGCCCCGUCAUCCGCGGCGGCCAGUACGUCUCGGGGCACUACGCGGACGUGAAGGACGUCGGCUGGAUGGGCGGCACCGGCCAGUCGUUCGCGGACAUCGUCAGGGAGAUCAACGACUUCACCGCGGACAACGCGGAGCUCGUCGUGCUCAACGUCUCGCACGACCUCAACACGGACGCCUCGCGCUCGUUCACGCAGGAGGAGUGGGACGCGUUCCUCGAGCUGCUCAUGGGGCUCGAGCGUCUGUACGUCGCGCCCGAUCCGGCCAGCGUCGACCUCACGCUUUUGCCGCUGGAGGCGUUCAUCGGGAACGGCGACGCGGCAGUGGUCGUGAUCGCCGAGCCGGAUGCAAAGGAGAGCGUCUCGCUGGGAGCAUAUGUGUCCCGUGGGGUGUACCGCUACGCGCAGCUGGACGCAUACAACAGCUACAGCGACACGCACGAGCUCGAGAAGAUGGUGCACGACCAGCUCGACAAGAUGUGGAACGUCCGCCAGAGCCCCGGCUCGCAGUACUUUUUGCUCUCGUGGACACUCACGCAGGACGCGCUGGAGGCGAUCGGGGCGGGAGAGACCAUUCUGUCGCUCGCGGCGCCGGCGCUGCCGAGGUUGUAUACGAAAUUGCUGCCUGCGUGCUCGCCGAACACGUACCCGAACAUCAUAUACCUCGAUCGGUUCCACACGUCGGACGUGGUUGCGUUGGCGAUGGCCGUCAACGCUCUUGCUGGAGGGUUGAUUCGAACGGACUUGCAGGACGAGUCGAUGAAUGAGAUUCUCGAAGUGUAGAAUUGAAGAGAGAUUGUACGUGUUAGGCACCAGAAGUUCGUAUUGCACUGGAAUCCUCGUUAGUCAGGUAAUGUAUCAUUGGAAUAGGUAGUUCGAGAUUUAAAAAAUGGUGUAUUCGAGACACAAUAGGCCUUUACAUGAAUUCCACGCGGAUUCAGC